GGCCUUCGCAAUGAUUCGCAGUUGUGUCUUCUUCUUUCCAUGUGUCCCUCAACAUUAGGAUGUGCUCCAGAAGAUGCUGCUUCCAAUUUGUGGAUACCUGUAGGAUUAUUUUCUUCGGACUCUCUUGUUUACUGAGCGUGGUCUCCUCAGAAUCUGCCAAUUUUGAACGUUGUGGUAUCGGACCAGUCUUAACUAGUCGAAUAGUUGGUGGCAAUGAAACAGAACCAAAUAAAUGGCCUUGGCAGGCAUCGUUAAUGCUGACCCAUCCGCAGUAUGGUAAAGUGGGACACUGGUGUGGAGCUGUCAUUAUUCAUAAACAGUGGGUCAUGACUGCAGCGCAUUGCAUUUUAAACCCACUGUUCUCCCUACCUCAGCCCGUAUUCUGGAAGGUGCGAGUCGGGGAACACAAUCUCAAGCUGACGGAAGGGCCUGAAAAGACGAUACAAGUAUCUGAAGUCCAUUUCCAUCCUUGGUACCAUGCCUACGACAAAGACAUAGCACUACUCAAGCUCGAGAAAGAACUAGAAUUCAACGACUACGUGAGAGCCAUUUGCCUGCCUGAUGAGGAUGCAGGAUACUUGGGAAUGAGGUGUGUGGCAACAGGCUGGGGAAAAAUCGAUUUUGAUAAGAGGGGAUCCAACGUCCUGCGAGAAGUUGAAAUCCAAGUCCUUGACAACAUGGUUUGCCAUAAUGCCUAUUAUCCAACCUACAAAAUACCAAUCAAAGGCUGGCAUCUUUGCGCGGGUGUUUUGGAAGGGGGUAAAGGAACUUGUCAGGGCGAUUCCGGAGGUCCUCUGCAGUGCCUGGUGAAUGGACAAUAUUAUGUUGCUGGAAUCACGUCUUUCGGAUCCGGUUGUGCAAAAGAAGGAUUUCCGGAUAUAUACACGAAUACUGCUUAUUUUGCUGACUGGGUGAAAGAAAUCAUGAGCCGACCUUCAGCUAAGAAAUAAUAUCUUCGAUUCUUUUUCUCGGACUUGCGCAUAUAAAACAGACAAUGUAUUAUAAAGCAACGUCCUUCACGGCUACAUAUCGCUCAUGCAAGUGAAAGGCACCGGAAAUGAUAAAAUGUGUGUGUUUCUAUUUCAAAGCCUUAAUGUAUAAUUGCAGCCAUGUUUGUUUGAAAGAAUCUUUAUGAGAUCUCAUUAUGAAUGAAAUAAUAACGUUUCUUGUAUUCAUGAGGAUUUGAAAUCUACUUUUGAUUCUUAUAAAAUCCUAGCACAGUUUAUUAGUUUGCUUUUAAAUAAAAAAUUAAUAAAUAAUUUAAUUUUUAAAUGAUUUUUCAAUGUUAAAUUUGAUGUUAUUUAUAAUAUAAUUAAAACUUUCUGUGAAAGUUUGUUUUGAAAUUCGCUGUCCUGUAUGUAAAACCACAAUAUGAUUAUUAUUCUACCAAACCGUCCUAUAUGUAAAACCACAAUAUGAUUAUUAUUCUACCGAAAACAAAUUCUUCAUAUUUUUUUAACUUGACGCACUUUCUUGUGUGAUAAGUGAUUUUUUGAGUAAUUUUAAGGAAUGCCUGGAAAUUUACUUUUGAUUCUUGCAAAGUCCUAGCGUAGCUUUAUUAUUAGUUUAUAUUUUGAAUAGGAAAUUAACAAUAAUAUAAUAUCAAAAUGAUUUUCAGAUUAAAAGUUAAAAUUAAUUUCGGAUUAAUUAAACAUUUUUAUUAAGAUUUAUUUUUCAAUAUAAAGUUUCUUUAUUAAUAAUUCUUUAUUAAUUCUUUAUAUAAUACCGUUAUUAUUCUUCAAAAUCUAUUUUCUACGUAUUUUAUUUUUAAUUUAUUUUAUGUGUAUGAGAGAUUUCAGUAACUGUUGUUUUGAACUUUAUCAGUUCUUUUAUAUAAUUUUUAACGCAGAAUGAAAUUAAAGCUCCAAAUUUUAUUUUUGUUCAGAAUUAAAUUUUAAUUAGGCGCAAAUAAGUUAUAAAACCCGACCAGUAAAAUACAAUAUACAACGAUGGCUGCUGAUUUUUAAAGAUCCUUUUUAAAUUUAUGAUCAUUUUUUAGAAAUUAAAUAUUCUAAAUUAGAUACAUUCUCCAGCACACGACGAUAAAACUUAUUAAAAAUAAAUAAAAAUUAUAUUAUUUAGAUUUCUUGCUUGAGAAACAUUUAUUUUGCAAUUAAUUUUACAGUUUUCAAACUUUUAAAGUGAAGGAAAAUCUAAAUAUAAAAAAAGAAUGUUUAAUAAUUACCUCUUAAUUUCUCUUAUGAAUAGUAAGUAAUAAAUUUAACAUUAAAUAUAUAGUUUUAAGUAUGUUAAAUGCUAGAAUUUUAGUCAAAAGUUACUUCUAUAUGUUACAGUCAAAAUAAUUUAAUUACUUCUUUACUAAUACGUAACAUAUUCAAGUUUUAACAUAAAAAAAUCAUUUCAAGUGCCUUAAUAUAUUAGAAUCUCAGUCAAAAGGUACUUAAGAACAUUAGCGUCACAAUAAUUUAGUUACAUCUUCAAUGAUUAGUAAUAUAUUUAAGUUCUAAUACAAAUAAAAUGAUAACAUUGAAAGAAUUAAUAUUAGAACCUGAAGUAUAAGAUACUUAAAUGCAUUAGAAUCACAAAUUAUUACCUUUUCAAUAAUGAGUAACAUAUGUAAGCAGAAGUAAAAAGAUAUUUGAAGUUGAAAGUGCCUUAAAAUGUUAGAAUUCUUAAUCCAAAGAUGUUUUAGGAUUACGAUAAUUUAAUUAUCUCCUUAAUGAUAAGUGAUAUGUUUAGUUUUGGCUUGGCUAAAAAGGUAAAUUUGAAAGUAUCUAAAAUAUCGCGAACUUGGUCAGAAGAUACUUUAGUACAUUAAGAUUACAAUGAUUUAUUUAAGUUUUCAGUAAUAAGUAAUGAACAGAAAGAUAAAAUUUAAAGUUCUAAAAAAAGAAGUUUUUUUAAUGCUCUAAAAUCAUAAUUUUCCAGCAAAAGAAAUCAUUCAAUUUCUUUUAACAUAAUGAACAUAAAAUAUUAGUAAUAUUAGUAAGAUGACAAUAACUGCACAAACAAUAAACUGGUUAUAAAUUACUGUAAAUCUGCGAAUAAUUUUAAUUUAAUGGUUUCUAUUUAUUAAAACUAUUUCGUAAAAUUACAUUUACUCAUAAUUUUUUUUCCAAAUUAAGUUAUUUCAAGCAACUCAGUGGCGUAAAAUGCUCUGUAUAGCGUUUGGUGUUUCCUUAACAUCUCAUCUACUUCUAAAUUUUAUUCGAAUCAAGAGUAUUUUUUUUUAAAUCUCGUGUUUCUUAAAUUAAGUAGUACUGAAUUUAAAACCACUUCUGAGAGACAUUCAUGAGUGAAAUUAAUCUGGUACCCACAUUUAAAUGUAACAUAAAAAUUUCCUGAACUAUUUGUGUCUUACAGAGUCAGUGACAUGUACUUUUUUGUCUUCCUUGAGUUUUAGGAAUAUAAAAAGAGAAAUUUAGAAAUGCUCAAAAAUUCUGUUAUUCUUCAAUUUUAUGUCUCAGUUUUCUUACAUAUUUAAUCUUUUAUUGUAUUGUUUGUUAUUGUUGUAAUAGGAAUAAAGCAAUUGCAAAUAUU